UGAAAGGGUUAAAGGUACAAAGCUGUAACUCCUAGACAUGGGCAGAGAAAGAAUUCCUUUUAGGCUGGGAACCAAUUCCCCUUCCGGCCCCCCUCCUUCUCCUCCGGCAGGCUGGCUGGGAAAAUGGAAUAGCCUUUGGAUGCCUUUCCAGCCUUUUUCAUGCAUUUGAGAUUGCAGAUUGGCCAAGGCUGGAGCACAAGCCAAGGAACCUGUCUCCAAGGAUAAAUACAAAAAUGGAGGAAGAAGACUUGGCUGGACCUAAAGAACCAGAGGAGAGAUCAGAGAAGGAAGGAGUAGACCACACGGUUGUCCAUGAAGAAACUGUUGCAAAGUUGGUGACUAAAGCCACUCCGCAGCAUGUUAAAGAGGAAUUAGAAGUGGGGCUGCAACAAGGCUGGGAAGCCCACUGGUCGGAGUUCAUGAACACCCCGCAGUCCACUUGUCCAAAAUGGAAAGACAUAUCAUCUGGGCCUGCUGCUAAAGAAUUGCCAGCAUUCGCUCAAAAGAUAGCUGAGGUGUGCCAAUGGCCUGGGAAAGGGUAUGAAACCAAGAUGGCACCAGGCCCCUCUGAUAAGACCCUCAAGGCCUACGAAAGUCCAGACUUUCCUAUGGAAGUGAAAGAGGAAGUUCUGGAUGAUGACACCCUCGAUUUGGAGACACGGCGCCAGCAGUUCCGGUGCUUCUGCUACCAUGAAGCCAAUGGACCCCGAGAGGCCUUCCACCAGCUCUGGAAGCUUUGCCACCAGUGGCUGAAGCCAGAGAGAUGCAGCAAGAAGCAGAUCUUGGAGUUACUGGUCCUGGAGCAGUUUCUGACUGUCCUGCCCUCGGAGAUUCAGAGCUGGGUCCGAGAGAACUGUCCGGAGACAUGUUUGGAAGCUGUGGCCCUAGCAGAAGACUUCUUGAUCAGACCACCGGAGGUUGAAGGAAGCCAGGUGCUGGCACCUUUGAAAGAUGCAUCCACACUGGAACAACAUCCUUCGGAAGCCAGGCUAAAACGGCAAUUGAUUGCUGAUGCCAAGAAAAGAGAUGCUCAGGAGGCUAUCUUACUGGGUAUGUGUAAUCAUGUGCCCUUUCAAAGAGUGCUGGACUCCUAAUCUUCACCACUGGUGGUGUUGGCAAUGGAUGCAGGGAGUUGUAAUUCCCUGCAUCCCAUCCAUUCAGUGACAUCUAUAAUACCACACAAUUCUAACCUUUGAUUUAGGUCUUUACAAAUGUAAAUCAUAUUAAGACUUGGUAAGGAUAUCACUUAUGUACAUUGUUGUGUGCCCUUGAGUAAUUUCCAACUUCUGUCAAGAUUUGUUCAGAAGAGUGUUAUUUUUGCCUUCCUCUGUGGCUGCUCAAAGUCACCCAGUGGGUUUCCAUACGGUAGUCAAAAUGGGCUAUAACUCCCAUUAUCCCAGACCAUCUGUUCUCUUUCCAGUUACUUGAUGGGAGUUGGACUCCAACAACUGGAGGGUCCCCAUCCCCUCAAUAAAUAUUAAAUGUUA